AUGAAGUUCACUCCUUCCUUCGCCCUGGCGGCGCUUACUUCCCUGGCUGUUGCCGCUCCUCAUGACAUUGUCAACAAGAGAGCUGUUGCCUCUGGCCCUGUCGGAUAUGCCUCUACCAAUGGAGGUACCACUGGUGGCCAAGGUGGAGCUACCACUACUGUCUCCACCCUCGCCCAAUUCACCAAGGCUGCUACUGCAAAGGAGCCUACCGUCGUCUACAUCUCUGGCAAGAUCACUGGUAACGACAAGGUCAGAGUUUCUUCCGACACUUCCAUCAUCGGUCUGAACAGCGACUCUGCUCUCGAGAACAUCGGUCUCUUCGUCAACAAGGUCGAGAACGUCAUUCUCCGCAACUUCAAGAGCAGCAAGGUUCUGGCCAAGAACGGUGAUGCUAUCGGUAUCCAGGCAUCCAAGAAUGUUUGGGCCGACCACCUCGACCUUUCUUCCGACCUUGACCACGGCAAGGACUACUAUGAUGGUCUUCUUGAUGUCACUCACGCUUCCGAGUGGGUCACUAUCUCCAACGUCUUCUUCCACGAUCACUACAAGUGCUCCCUCGUCGGCCACUCUGACAACAACGCCGCUGAAGACACUGGCCACCUCCACGUCACCUACGCCAACAACUACUUCUCCAACGUCUCUUCCCGUCUUCCUUCCAUCCGCUUCGGUACCGGCCACAUCUUCAACAACUACUACGAGAACGUUCUCUCUUCCGCUGUCGACACUCGUGAUGGUGCUCAGGUCCUCGUCGAGUCCAACGUCUUCGUCAAGGCCAAGAAGCCUGUUGCCUCUCUCUACUCUGAUGACCAAGGUUACGCUGUCGUCAAGGACAACGAUUUCGGUGGUGAGAAGAACGAGGCUCCUGCUGGCACUCUUACCAAGGUUCCUUACACCUACACCGCUCUUGGUAGCGCCAAGGUCAAGGCUGCCGUUGUUGGCACUGCCGGUAACACCCUCAAGUUCUAA